AUGGACUCGGAGAAGUUGGGUUUUUUGGAGAAUGAUUUGAUUCAGGUGAAUGUGAGUUUCAUGGGCAAAUGCCACAUGGUAGUGGAGGAAAUUUUGGGAUCUUUCGGCUUCGGGAAAGUGCCAAGUUCUGAGGAGAGUUAUCAGAAUGUGUGUGGCUCACAUCCUGAUCGGUUGAUGUCGAAAAUUUAUCAGUAUCUGGGUUGGAGAACUCUGAUGGGUUUUAAAGAGACGCCAAAUGGUGGAAAUCUCACAUGUUCACCUUCUGGCCCUUGCAUUCCCUGCUCUCGUUCUGAAAAUGUGCCAUUAAAUUCCCGUUUUAAUGAUUUCUAG